AUGAAAACCCAAAAUACGGCCACGAUUAUAUUGUGGUGGCCCCAGCAGGACCGAAACUUCGAAUGCCAGCAUACGUUUUUGAGAGGUCUCUGUCCUGCCCUCCCUGCCGCCCCGACAUCCGGCAUUGACAACGCCGAUGAGUCUCAUGAACGUCGAUCAGCGACAGGCUUCGCUCCUGGCCACGUUGACCCUCAAAUACGGGUGUUCAUAUACAAUCAUGUUCCUCCCGACUACUAUGGGCUGUACUUCCCUUCAGCCAUUCCUUCGUUAGAAAUGCCUCUCGCGAUGUUUCUUUGGUCGAUAACCAACGCCCUUUCGAGCAAUCGGCCGUCAUCCAGGUGGGAGACCCUCAAAUAUAGGGCAGAAACCCUCAAAUCUAGCAUCCCACCUCCAUACACUUGA